AUGUUCAUUGGUGCCACAAAGCCCCACACCACACUUGUUGCGGAACACACAUUUCUGCUCUGUAAGCCGGAUGCGGAACAGCACCACCGCUACAUCUUGCAGACCGUGUCAGAUGCCGGAUUUCAAGUGAUGGCAAAAUCUUUUAUCAUCACCCCUGCCUUGGCUGAGGAGAUUGCAAGUACGUUUCAGAGUGUACGGAAGCGCAUGUACGCAGAACGUGGUGUGGACAAACUUUUCAAUGGUGGUAAAACUGCUUUACAGAACGAGCAGAAUGCACCGCAAGGUAAGCGGAGGGACAUCAUGGACACGGGGCGUGCCAGUCUUCUCCCGACCUCCUUUGCUUCUGCAUUUAGUGGCAAUGCCGGGGGUGAAGAAGUCAGCAACCCGAAUAAUAUCAGCAGCCGUGGGCGCAGCGGGAGCGUUCCCAAGCGUCACUGCAGCCGAGACGAGACGCAUCAGGGUAUAUUAGCAGAAAUUCUCCGUUUAACAAGCCGCUGCGCCGAUGGGGGCGAGGGUGUCAACGCUGGACUACCAAACGUUGCCCCCAAUAACCGAGCGGUGGACGGGCGCGGUGUGAGCGAGGGCGACGGACGUCAGGAUGAGAACCGAAUGCAGCAAGAACAAAAGCCCGAACGUCGUUUGGCGACCGGGGCGGUGUUGAAGAAUACGAUGAUUGAGGCCAUGUCCUACCAGGACCUUCUUAACGAGCACGUGCGACAUCUCGCAUUCGGCGGGACGUGCUUGGCGGUUGAACUCUCCCGUCACAACGCGGUGGAGAAGCUGUUGGAGAUUGUCGGUCCGGAAAAUCCCAUAGACGCACGCCGUGCCGCACCGCAUAGUCUCCGCGCACGCCUUGGGACGGAUUUGAUUCGCAACGCCGUUUCCGCCGCCUCUAAUUUGGCCGAAGCGAGUCAUUGCAUCUCCGCCGUCUUUGGUUUUGCAACCCGCUACUCUGCCGCAGACAUUCGUGCCCACACCGCAAUGCCAGAGGCUGGUGGCGUCGAGAAUAAUGAGCAAGUCAGUGGUGUUCCUGCGAUUGUGCGUCCGUACUGCGAGCUGGUGAGUGCCCCUUACCGGCCCUCGCCCCGCGGCGCAGUGGCCCUGGAAGCGGUUUUUCGUGUGGGGAAAACCAACCCACAGGCUCAUGUCUCGUACUACACCGGACGGCCCCUUUACGGUCGGGCAAACGAAAAGGAAGAAGAUGACGGCACGGGGAGGCGUGGUCCUCCGGUCGACAGCCAUUUGUGGAAGCAGAAAGCAGAACAGCUGGAGCAGCAACUUGCGCAGGAGCGGAUGGAUUUGACACUGCAUGCGAAAUUACUUCGGGCGCGGGAGUUGGAUUUAUUGCUACGCGAACAUGCAUUAGAGAAUGCGACAAACAAUUUGUUUGCCCCGGCACAACCGUUCAAAGCGACGUUGGAGGCGCAGUCUCUCCCGCACAUCUCGCCGUUAUCCUCAGAGGAACAGUUGAUGCGGGCAAAUCUGGCACCAGCUUUGAUGCAGGGACAACAACUCUCACCACGAAGUAAGGGGGAUGUAGCGACAUCCCGUCAAGGUUUGUUGGAGCAGCAUUCGCCAUUACCACGAUAUUUUUCUACGGAAGCUUAUACGCACGAAGUACGCGGGCUGCUGCCCGUAAUUGAGGCGGAGGACGUAUCCCUCUUGCUAACGAAGCCAGUUCGUCUUCGUGCGCUUUACGUAGCCUUGAAGCAUCACUGUGAAAAUUGUCAACUCACGCAGGAUGAGGUUCUUGCUCUGUACGACCGUAGCCCCUCCAUUCAGUUGCUGUGGAUGGACGACCACCGUGAGUACUUUCGCAAUUAUGUGAACCUUCACACCGAGGAGCCCGUGUCAUUUGACAGCUUUGUAUCCGUCCUUAUGUUCCUUCUCCGGCAGUAG